AUGGGUCAGUGCUUGUCGUGGGCGCUGGGCCUCCUCCUGCCGUCGCUGUGGGAGGCCGAGGUCGCCAUCUCCGCCACGGCGCUGCUCAUCGCCGCGCUCAUCCUCUUCCUCUUGACGUCGGACCAGCACGCCGCCAAGUCCACGGCCGCCAGCGGCAACACGCCAGCAGCCUCGUCCGCGAGUUCAUCUGCCACCGCAGCAGCCGCGGGCCGCGGCCGGACCCGCGCGAGAGGAGAGGCGGCUUCUGAAAUCACUUGCGCUCAGGGCGGCGGCGGCGGCGGCUACGUCAUCAAGCUGGAGCUGCUCUCGGCCAAGUACCUGAUCGGCGCCAACUUGGACGGCAGCUCCGAUCCUUUCGCCGUCAUCUCCUGCGGCGACCAGAAGCGUUUCAGUUCCAUGGUGCCCAGCCAGAGAAACCCUCUGUGGGGAGAGGAGUUCAAUUUCCUGGUCGAACAACUCCCGGUUGAGGUAACCAUAACAAUAUAUGAUUGGGACACUAUGUGCAAAUGCAAAGUUAUUGGAUCUGUAACCAUAGCUGUUCUCACUGAAAAUGAAUCAGGGGCAAGUUGGUAUGAACUGGACAGCAAAUUUGGUCAGAUCUGCCUGCGUCUUCGUUCAACUAAAGCAUUUCCAGAUUCUGAUAGCUCCUUUGAAGAAUGUAAUGGAGCUGAGUCCCCACGAAAGAUGAUACUGAAUAAGCAACGCCAAGCGAUGAUUGAAGGCAUUGGUCCUCUGCAGAUCAUAUAUAAACUUCCUCAUGAUGAAAUUGUUCACCAAAGUUACUCCUGUGCUCUGGAGAGAUGUUUCUUGCUCCAUGGCCGUAUGUACAUCUCCCAAUGGCAUCUGUGCUUCCACUCUAACGUAUUCUCCAAACAAUUGAAUAUGAAUAUUCCAUUGCAAGACAUAUACGAGAUAAAAAGAAGUCAGCAUUCUCUUAUCAAUCCAGCAAUUACUAUUUUUCUUAAUGCUGGUGCAGGUGGACAUGGAACACCUCGUGCGUGCAGUCAAAAUGGAAGGAUCAGGUAUACCUUCGCAUCAUUCUGGAGUAGAAACCGUACAUUUAGAGCUCUAGAGGCUGCACUACAAAGUUAUGAAGCAACCUUGGAAGCUGAAAAACAGGUGAGAGCACAUGUACUUAUACAAAUAGAACGUAACAGUGUGUUCUGCAGUAAGUCAGACAACACAAAGACACCAGAAAAAAACAUUGAAAAGGCUAUAAAAUUCCAACCUUUCAUCAAUGACCAUGUUCUUGCAGAUGUAACCAGUAAGUUCUUCCCUGGCACACCUGAGAAGUUUUUCAGUACAAUAUUAGGUGACAAUUCAAUGUUUUUCCAACAAUACAGGGAUGCAAGAAAAGAUACAAAUUUGAAGCUGAGCAGGUGGUGUGCCUCAGAAGAGUACGGUGGCAAGGUUCGUGAAGUGACUUUCAGGUCACAGUGCCACAGUCCUUUGUGCCCUCCAGACACCGCAGUGACAGAAUGGCAGCAUGCUUCUUUCUCAAGGGAUAAAAGAAACUUGAUCUAUGAGACAAAGCACCAGGCACAUGAUGUUCCUUUUGGUUCUUACUUUGAGAUCCACUGCAGGUGGUCGCUAAGAACAACCUCCAGUUCGACAUGUCAAGUAAAUAUAAAGAUCGGUGUAAACAUGAAGAAAUGGUGCAUAUUGCAAUCCAGAAUAAAAUCUGGAGCAACCGAUGAGUACCGGAGAGAAGUUUGCAAGAUUUUGGAGGCUGCUUGUGAUUAUUUCCUCAAAUCUGAGUCAAAUAGCCAUGACAGUGACGAGAUUGUGAUGGCAUCUUCACCGUGA